AAGAAAGCAACGUGGACAAGUAUCUCUCUCUCUAUAUAGUUAUACGUAUUAGGAAGUACAUACAUAUCUAGGGUUUUUUGUGAUCCAAAUUCUCUCUCUAAGUUUUGGCCGCUUCUCUCUCUAAGAUCAGGAAAUCAUGCCUCGCCGAAGCUCUGGAAGAUCUGCCUCCCGUCCUGCCCCUCGUGCUGCUCCUCGUCCUGCUCCAGCCCCAGCACGCCAUGCUCCUCCACCAGCUCCCAUGCAAAAUAGUGGUGGUGGAUCCAUGCUUGGUGGUAUUGGUUCUACCAUAGCUCAAGGUUUGGCCUUUGGUACUGGCAGUGCUGUGGCACACAGGGCUGUAGAUGCUGUCAUGGGUCCACGCACUAUUCAACAUGAAACUGUUGUUGCUGAGGCAGCUGCAGCAGCUCCCGUAUCCACUGCAAGCGGUGCAGGUCCUGAUGCUUGCAGUGUGCACACUAAAGCAUUCCAAGAUUGCAUUAAUAGCUCCGGAAGUGACAUUGGCAAGUGUCAGUUCUACAUGGACAUGUUGUCCGAGUGCAGGAGGAACUCAAUGAUUAAUGCUUAAGCUUAUUGGUUGGGCAUUAAUAACUUUGAACUCAAUUCUUUAAUCUGAUUGUUAAAAAAAAUAUGGAAUUAUGAUCAAGAACUAGCUGGCACUGAUUUGGCAAGUGAAUUUGGAUCUUGAUAUACCUUGCCUCCAAUAAUUACUGGCUGAAGCCUGAAGUAUCGAACUUUUAUGGACCUGUCCAUGAUACUGUAUUUCAGUUUGCUUUUAUGCUAUGAUUUGCUACAUUUGGCUUCA